GAACAUGGCGUGGCCGUGGAGAGGAGAGGCUACAGCUCUCUGCUUUCACUCAGCAUCGCAUCGUUACUUUUAAGGACCGAUCUACAGCGUUUUAGUGUUUUAAAUGAACUUUUUCUGGACGCGAUGAUGUUCCAAGGAAAUCUCUGAGCGCCAUAUAAACUACUGGAGAGUCGCUGGAAGUGCUUUGCCAUGUCGCUGCUGUGUGUAAGAGUGAAAAAGGCCAAGCUCCAAGGUGCACCCGACAAGUUCAACACCUAUGUGACACUGAAGGUGCAGAAUGUCAAAAGCACAACCAUCACAGUGCGGGGGGAGCAGCCAUGUUGGGAGCAAGAUUUUAUGUUUGAAAUCAACCGCUUGGACCUGGGCCUCAUUGUGGAAGUGUGGAACAAAGGCCUGAUCUGGGACACUAUGGUGGGGACUGCCUGGAUCCCUCUCAAGAAUGUUCGGCAAUCAGAAGAGGAGGGUUCAGGAGAUUGGAUCUACUUGGACUCAGAGGUUCUCAUGAAGGCAGAUGAAAUCUACGGAACUAAAAACCCAACCCCCCACAGAGUUCUUUUGGAUACUCGCUUUGAGCUGCCUUUUGAUAUUCCAGAUGAUGAAGCUCAAUACUGGACAGGAAAGCUGGAACAGAUCAAUACAAUGACUAUUCAUGAUGAGUAUCCUCUUCAGGACGAUCAGCGCUCCCUUCCCUUUGCUGCAUCUCAGUGUUCUUUGGAUGACCACGACAGUGCAGUGGAUGACCGGGACAGUGACUACCGCAGUGAGACCAGUAACAGCCUGCCACCUCGCUACCACACAACCGCUCAGCCCAACUCCUCUAUGCACCAGUACCCAAUGGGCCUACGCCCUCCACACCAUCACGACUCUUGCACAGAUUCCAUUCACAGCUUUGAGUUAGACUACAGGGAUCACAGAGGAAGCAGUCCAGUGGAAAGUAGUCGCUUCGGGUCAUCUGGAAACUUGAGCCAGACCAGCUCCCAGCUUAGUGAGACUGGCCAAAGCACUGGCGGCUCUGAGCUAGAGGAGUCAUUCCACUCCUACCACAGCGUAGGCUUUCAUCCCUCUUCUAAUGGUCAGCAUCGCACCAACGGGCAUCUCUCGGCCAGUGGACAUUCUGUCAUCAGUGAAAAUGAACGGCGACCCUUGACAGAUGAAAAACACACACUGAAAAGUACCAGUUCAUCAGAGAGAGGUUCAACGAAGCUCUUGAGGUUCCAUGAUGAUGGUCCACCACUACCUUUUUCCCCAUCCAGACUUCGCUGGUUAAAGGCCAUCAAUAAAGUUAGAGUUCAAAUUCGUGAGAGUCGUGAGGAUGAACCCAGCUCAAGGCAAGCAUGGGUUAAGCCAGGUGGUGGAACUGGUCUCUAUGGAAUUGAUAGCAUGCCUGACCUACGCAAAAAGAAACCAAUCCCACUGGUCAGCGAUGUGUCCCUUGUCCAAGCAAGGAAGGCUGGGAUUGCUUCAGCGAUGGCUGCUCGGUCAUCAAUCAAGGAUGAAGAACUUAAAAAUAAUGUGUACAAGAAGACCCUACAAGCUCUUAUCUACCCAAUAUCUUGUACAACUCCACACAACUUUGAAGUCUGGACGGCUACAACACCCACGUAUUGUUAUGAAUGCGAGGGGCUGUUGUGGGGUAUAGCCCGCCAAGGUAUGAGGUGUUCUGAGUGCGGGGUCAAGUGCCAUGAGAAGUGCCAAGAACUGUUGAAUGCUGACUGUCUGCAAAGGGCUGCUGAGAAGAGCUCGAAACAUGGAGCUGAAGAUCGGACUCAGAAUAUUAUAAUGGCCAUGAAGGACAGAAUGAAAAUCAGAGAAAGGAACAAACCAGAAAUCUUUGAACUGAUUCGUGAAGUAUUCGCCAUUAGCAAAACUCUUCAUGCCCAGCAAAUGAAGACAAUCAAACAGAGUGUACUAGAUGGAACAUCAAAGUGGUCAGCCAAAAUCACAAUUACUGUUGUUUGUGCUCAAGGACUUCAAGCUAAGGAUAAAACUGGAUCAAGUGACCCCUAUGUUACUGUGCAAGUUGGAAAAACCAAGAAGAGAACAAAGACCAUUUAUGGCAAUCUCAAUCCAGUUUGGGAGGAAAAAUUUCACUUUGAAUGCCACAAUUCUUCAGACCGAAUCAAAGUGCGGGUGUGGGAUGAGGAUGAUGACAUAAAGUCCAGAGUGAAGCAGCGACUCAAAAGGGAAUCAGAUGACUUCCUUGGUCAGAGUAUUAUUGAAGUUCGCACACUGAGCGGAGAAAUGGACGUGUGGUACAACCUUGAGAAGAGAACCGACAAGUCUGCAGUAUCAGGAGCCAUCCGACUUCAAAUCAAUGUGGAAAUCAAAGGAGAGGAGAAAGUAGCUGCAUAUCACAUCCAGUACACAUGUUUGCAUGAGAAUCUUUUUCACUAUUCAACUGAUGUCCUGGGCCAAGGCGUGGUGAGAAUCCCAGAGACCCGUGGGGAUGAUUCCUGGAAAGUUUACUUUGAUGAUGUGGCUCAAGAAAUAGUUGAUGAGUUUGCGAUGCGUUAUGGAAUUGAAUCAAUCUAUCAGGCCAUGACCCAUUUUGCCUGCCUCUCUUCUAAAUACAUGUGUCCUGGAGUUCCUGCUGUGAUGAGCACUUUACUGGCUAACAUCAAUGCAUUCUACGCCCACACCACUGCCUCCACCAAUGUGUCUGCCUCCGACCGCUUCGCAGCCUCCAAUUUUGGGAAAGAACGUUUUGUAAAGCUCUUAGACCAGUUACACAAUUCUCUGCGGAUUGAUCUCUCGACAUAUAGGAAUCACUUUCCUGCAAGUAGUAAAGACCGCCUACAGGAUCUGAAAUCUACAGUAGAUCUUUUAACUAGCAUCACUUUCUUUAGAAUGAAGGUACAAGAAUUACAGUCCCCACCCAGAGCCAGCCAAGUGGUGAGGGAUUGUGUUAAAGCCUGUUUAAAUUCCACCUAUGACUACAUCUUCAACAAUUGCCAUGAAUUAUACAACAGACAGUACCAACCCAUGGACUCUAACAAAGAGGAAAUACCUUUAGAAGAGCAGGGUCCUAGCAUCAAGAAUCUAGACUUUUGGCCCAAGCUGAUCAUGCUGAUUGUGUCUAUCAUUGAAGAGGACAGAAACUCGUACACACCUGUACUAAAUCAGUUUCCACAAGAGCUGAAUGUAGGCAAAGUGUCUGCUGAAGUCAUGUGGACGCUGUUUGCUCAGGACAUGAUGUACGCUAUGGAAGAACAUGAGAAGCAUCGCCUGUGUAAAAGCACAGACUACAUGAACCUUCACUUCAAAGUCAAGUGGCUCUACAAUGAAUAUGUCAAAGAACUGCCCAAUUUUAAGGAUGUAAUUCCUGACUACCCAUCCUGGUUUGUCCAGUUUGUGCUCCAAUGGCUGGACGAGAAUGAGGAUGUGUCUUUAGAGUUCAUGCACGGAGCCCUGGAGAGAGACAAGAAAGAUGGAUUCCAGCAGACUUCAGAGCAUGCCCUGUUCUCCUGCUCUGUGGUAGACAUUUUCACACAGCUUAACCAGAGCUUUGAGAUCAUCAAAAAACUGGAGUGUCCUGAUCCCAAAGUCAUGGCACAGUAUAGCAGGCGAUUCUCAAAGACUAUUGCCAAAGUCCUGCUGCAGUACAGUGCCAUUCUCACCAAAAGUUUCCCAUCUUACAUUGAUAAAGAGAAGAUUCCUUGCGUCUUGAUGAAUAACGUUCAGCAGCUAAGAAUCCAACUGGAGAAAAUGUUCGAGUCCAUGGGUGCUAAACAGAUGGACAGUGAGGCCAGUGACCUCCUGAAUGACCUCCAGGUGAGACUCAACAACGUCCUGGAUGAGCUCAGCAGCACAUUUGGAAACAGUUUCCAGAGCCAGAUCCGUGACUGUAUGCGUCAAAUGGCCUCUCUGCUGUAUCAGAUCAAAGGCCCACUCAACGAGAACACCAAGAACCUGGUGGAGGCAGAUUCAGACAACAUGCUCCGACCUCUAAUGGACUUCCUGGAUGGAAAGCUGACUCUGUUUGCCACUGUGUGUGAGAAGACAGUGUUGAAGCGCGUGCUGAAGGAGCUGUGGAGAAUAGUGAUGACCUGCCUGGAGAAGACUAUUGUCCUGCCCCAGGGCAAUGACACCUUUGGAGCACAGAUCCUCUCCGCAGCCAAAGAACUCGGCCAGCUGUCCAAACUCAAGGAUCACAUGGCAGGAGAGGCUAAAAGCUUGUCUCCGCGGCAGUGUGCUGUCAUGGACGUGGCAUUGGACACUAUAAAGCAAUACUUCCAUGCCGGAGGGAAUGGACUGAAAAAGGCUUUCCUGGAGAAGAGUCCUGAGUUGUCUUCACUUCGCCAUGCUCUCUCACUCUACACUCAGACUACAGACACUCUCAUCAAGACCUUUGUGACCAGCCAGCAUUCACAAGUGCACAAUGGGAAGGGCAUUAGGUUUACUCCUAAUGAAAAAAUCCAGCCCAGCAGGGGCUCAGGAGUGGACAAACCCAUUGGUGAAGUGUCUGUUCAGAUUGAGCUCUACACUCAUCCAAAGAGUGGAGAACGCAAAGUCACUACCAAAGUGGUGGGAGCCAGUGAUCUGAAGUGGCAGACGUCCGGUAUGUUCCGCCCUUUUGUGGAAAUCACCAUGAUCGGGCCUCACCUCAGUGACAAGAAGCGCAAAUUUCAGACCAAGUCCAAGAACAACAGCUGGUCUCCCAAAUUCAACGAGACUUUCCACUUCAUUCUAGGCAGUCAGGACGGCUUUGAAUGCUACGAGCUGCAGGUGUGUGUGAAAGACUACUGUUUUGGUCGUGCUGACCGUGUGGUGGGGCUUGCCGUGCUCCAGCUCAGGGACAUUAUGGAGAAGGGGAAUUGCGCGUGCUGGUGUCCACUGGGCCAGAGAAUACACAUGGACGACACUGGACUGACUGCCAUGAGAAUCCUAUCACAACGCUCCAACGACGAUGUGGCUAAAGAGUUUGUGCGGCUCAAAUCUGAAACACGGUCAGCAGAGGAGGGAAGAUGAGGAAAAUCAGAUGCUUAAAUAAGAAGGCCAUGUUAUGAAAUCCUUAUGUGUCUUAGCUGCUGUUUGCCAAGUAUACCAUUACAUUGUCUAUUACUCUAUUUCACACUGGGUAUAAGCUAGGGCUGUAAAAGCAUAAAUGAGUGAUAUUCGGUAUCUUAUGUUCAAUGUUGCUAUGAUUAUUGUUAUACUUAAACAUACAUUUUGACACCACAAUUUCAGACAAAA